AGUAAGAUGUAGAAAGACCUUCUACCUUUCUACUCUCCUUUUACUCUUCUCCCAAACAACCCCUAUAUAUUACCCUUCCCUUCCUUCUCUUUAAUAGCCGCAUACUACACUUCUCUCUUUCUAAGUAGUUUUACUGUGUGCACACAUAACAAAACACAUUGUGAAAAUGGAUCGGAAAAAUGCUAUUUGGAUCGGUUUUAUUUGCAUUAUAAUCGCCGGCGUUGGAGGUCAAGCUCCGGCCACGUCACCUAGUGCCACCCCAGCACCACCAACACCCACUACCCCAUCUCCUCCUACUACCCCUGCACCUACUGGUUCUCCUCCGCGAACUCAACCACCUCCAGCAUCUUCCCCGCCGCCGGCAGUUUCAUCUCCGCCACCUACAUCAACAUCACCACCUCCAGCUGUAUCAGCUCCACCACAAGCUACACCUCCACCGGCAGCUACUCCUCCUCCAGUGAGUGCUCCACCACCGGCUAGUCCUCCACCACCAGUUAGCUCUCCACCACCGGCUACUCCUCCACCUGUGGCUACCCCACCACCUCCUGCCACUCCACCUCCCAGCCCACCUCCGCCUGCUGCUGCACCUGCACCAGUUGCAACUCCGCCAGAUUCGACUCCGGCUGCUGCACCUACGACUGUAGCCACAUCUCCGGCACCAUCUCCAUUGGGAGUAUUGAGUCCUCCAGCACCUCCCAUGGGUGCUCCAUCCCCGAGUACUCUUCCAGCUUUUUCUCCUGGUCCAUCAGUAGCCACUGAUCAGAGUGGAGUGGAGAGCCUGAGGUUUUCGAAGAUGAUUAUGGGAAGCUUGGUCUUGUGCUUGCUGAUUUAGAACUCUGUUUUGAUCAAACUACUUUUGCCACUAUAUAUGAAUUGCCAUCUCUUUAGCUUAGGAGGACCGAUGAUGGCCUAUUUUUCUCAUUACAUGUAUUUGCGGAUUAUACAUUCACUUGGAUUCUUUUUUGAGAUUUCUUGUUGAGGGGAGCCUUUGUAUUUUUGGGACGGUUUGUUUCUAAAUUUAAACUGCUAUUAGCUCUUCAUCCAUUUCAUGUUUUCUUCUUA